GGGAGCGCGGGCGGACGGCAGCAGCCUGGGACCAGCUUCGGUGAAAAGGCGCGGAGAGCCGGGCUGAGGCUCGAGGGGCUCACCGCCCUCCCCGGGGCCUGCGCGAGGCCCUCGCCGCCCGUCAGCGGCCGACUUCGUCGCUUUUCCGGGUUGGCGGCGGCCAGUUCGGAGGCAGCGGGCUGGUGGGCCGGGGGCCGCGGGGGCCGGCCCGGGCCCGGGCCGCGGGGCUCGGGGGUCGCGGCCACCUGUGCGCGCCGCCCGGGAGGAGGCCGCCCGCCCGCGCCCAGCAGCGGCCGUAGCUGCCGAGCAGAGCCGUCCGGCCACCGGCAGCGGCGUCCCCGCCAUGAGGCCCAACUUCUCCCUGCGACUGAGGGUCUUUAACCUCAACUGCUGGGACAUCCCCUACCUGAGCCGGCGCCGCGCCGACCGCCUGCGGCGCCUGGGAGACUUCCUGAACGCGGAGGGCUUCGACCUGGCUCUGCUGGAGGAGGUGUGGAGCGAGCAGGACUUCCACUACCUGAGACAGAAGCUGUCGCCCAUCUACCCGGCCGCGCACUACUUCCAGAGCGGCGUCAUUGGCAGUGGCCUCUGCGUCUUCUCCAAACACCCGGUCCAGGACUUCACCCAGCACGUGUACACCCUCAAUGGCUACCCCUACAUGAUCCACCACGGGGACUGGUUCUGCGGGAAAGCUGUGGGGCUGCUGGUGCUCCAGCUGAGCGGACUGGUGCUCAACGCCUACGUGACCCACCUCCACGCCGAGUACAAUCGACAGAAGGACAUCUACCUGACACACCGUGUGGCCCAAGCCUGGGAACUGGCCCAGUUCAUCCACCACACGUCCAGGAAAGCUGACGUGGUUCUGCUGUGUGGGGACCUCAAUUUGCACCCGAAGGACCUGGGCUGCCGCCUACUCAAGGAGUGGACGGGGCUGCAUGACGCCUACCUCGAGACCCAGGACUUCAGGGGCUCUGAAGAAGGCUGUACCAUGGUACCCGAGAACUGCUAUGUCAACCAGCGCGAGCUGGAGCCGUUUCGCCUUGGCAUCCGCAUCGAUUAUGUGCUUUAUAAGGCAGUUUCUAGGUUCUACAUCUCCUGUAAGACUCUCAAAACUACUACUGGCCACGACCCUCACAGCGGCAGCCCUCUGUCUGACCAUGAGGCCCUGAUGGCUACUCUGUGUGUGAGACACAGUCCCCCCCAGCACAAUCCCAGCCCCACCCACGGCCCAGCAGAGAGGCCACCAUCGAUCAGCGUGCUAAGGGAAGCCUGGACAGAGCUGGACCUGGGUGUGGCUCGAGCUCGCUGGUGGGCCGCCCUCGCUGGCUACACGGCCACACUAGGGCUGCUCCUCCUGGCGUUGCUGGGUGUGCUGGCCGCUGGGCGAGGGGCCAGGGAAGCUGUGUUACUGCUCUGGGCCCCCGGCAUGGGACUGGUGCUGGGGGCGGGUGCAGCCUGCCUCAUCCACAUGCAAGAGGCCAAAGGUUUAUGCAGGGCCCGGGCCGAGCUCCAGCAUGUGCUGGGGAGGGAGAGGGAGGCCCAGGACCUGGGUCCAGAGUCCCAGGCCGCCCUGCUCCCGGGGCAGCAGGAGGGACGCAGAGCUAAGGAACAAUAAAGCUUGGGACUCGUG